AUGUCUACUAAAGCUGCGCUGAAGGCUGCGAAAGCAGCGAUUGACUCGAAGAACUGGGAGGAAGCUAUCGAGCAGGCAAAUGCUGUGCUUGAGAAGGACCCCAACAACUACUUCGCGAAGUUGUUCUUGGGACGCGCCAACGAUGGUCUGAGCAGAUACGAUGAUGCAGCGAAAGCAUACAACGACGCGACAAAGAUCAAGCCUGACGAUGCACAAGCAUGGCUAGGGUUAAGAGGCAUGUACGAGGGGCUAGGCGGGAGGAGUGUCGAGGAGAACAUUGAAGUCGGCCUGAAACUGGCAGAGAUAUAUGCAAAUCUCGACGACGCCCAUCGCAGCCAGUCUGCCAUCGACAAGCUCGUAGACCACGCUCGCAAGCACGGCACAAAGACACAAUACGCGCGCGCAUUAGCCACACAGCUACCCUCGUCACCCAUAUACUCCUACCUCGAAGGCCGCCUGCCCCAACCCUCAGCGGUACUGACGCGCAUCGCCGAAAUCCACGAAACCCAAGAAACAGCCACAAUCAAGAAGCUGAUAGACGAGCGGCGCCUGCGCCUCGGCGCAACCCUCGAAAACACCACAACCACAGUCAAGAACGAGGUCUAUAGCCAGAGUCCGCUGGAGGGCAUAUACGAAGAGAUCAUCAACUGGACGAACGACGACGAGCUGAGGAGAGAGUACGAGGAGAAGUUGUUGGAGAGAGUGUAUGAUGCCCUGCUUGUGCUACCUGCAGGCGCGAAGGAGGAGAAGCGACAGAAGGUCAUGAAAUUAGCACACGAUAUGGUGGUCAUCAAGCAUCCGUACCAUCUUGCGUGGCAGAUCGAGCUGGAGUGGCGGUCGGGGUUGGAUGUAGAAGCGUACUAG